GGCCUGCAAAGAUGGUAUUGAAGUAAUAGUCCCUAUUAUCUUCGAUACGUGGUUUCUGAAUACAGUUGCCUGUGUUCCAAUACCCACUCUUGUGCCUGGUAUUUUUGUUCAGGGAAAGAGUUGUGGCCUCUGCUGGGAAAAGGACUAACUUCAGAGUUGGGAAGAGGUCUAAUUAGAUAAGCUGCAGGUCUUGGGGAAAGGAAUGGGAAAUCAUUUGGGAGGAGCAGACAGGUGGGAGACGUUUAACGCGGCCUUGAAUAUACAAAAGCCUAUGUUAUAAAGCUUGUCAUGGGUGUUGGGCCAACUUAAUGUCUUCUGUGUUCUCUUCUCUGCCUUUUUGUCUGUCCAUAGGUUUUUUUCCUUUAUAGGUUUCUGUAGAAAUCUGUAGGUAGCUGUUUACUUUGAAUUUAAUUAAGAAAGAGAACGAAAACUAUUCAUUUGGAUCCAAGGUCUGCCUGUGAGUUGGCUGUAGGGCUUAAGAAAACUGGAAGCAAGGAGGGAGGAGAAAAUUGCACCAGAUCAAUGCAGGUCCAUCUCCAUUGGUGGCUGUGGUGGCCUUGGAGUGGCAGAAGAUCAUCACCUUCAACAGGUCUGCACUCAGGAGCCAUCAUCUUCCCUCAGCCUGAGUGUCUCUGCCCUCUGUCUAUGUCAUUGACAGAGGUUGUCUUUUUGAAAAGGAGAUUGUAUGAGUGCUGAACUGACAGUAGACUCUCAACUCUUGCUACAAAGUUUCUCUCUGAUCCGUGAAAGUGUGUUAAGACGUGGACCUGGGGCACGUUGAGAACCAAGACCAAGACUGUAUAGGGCUAUCUGUAUAACUGGACUUCAAUCAUGGCUGGGGCUAAGAAUGAGAGUAGAAACAAGGCCAAAACUGAAAAAAGGGCUGGUAUAGCAGCUGAAGCAAAGAGGGAGGUUUCUGGCAUAGUCAAAUCUGUAGCCAAGACCCAAGCCAAAGCAAUAGCCAAGACACGGUCUCAGGCAGAUGCAGUGGCAGAGACAAAAGCAGUGUCUAAGAUCAGAAUUGUUACUAAGACGAAGAAAGGGGCCCUAGCAGAUUUUAGUCCCAAAGCUGAAAGUGAGGCCACUAGAGUAUCUCAGUUUUGUUCUGUGGCUGAGGCUAGUGCUGAGUCCAGGUCCACAUGUAAAAAUAAGGCUGGUAUUGAUGCCUGGUUCUGGGCUGGGGAAGAGGGCAGUGUUGGUUCCUGGUUCUGGAAUGGCGAAGAGGCGGGUAAUCGUUCUAGUGCUAAGGAUGAAGAUAAAGCUGAUAGUGGUCCCCUGUCCUGUGCUGAGAAGUUGGAGCCUGUGGGUCGGGCCAGCUGCAAGGCUAGGCCAGGGGCUGAGGAGGAGGAAGAAGAGAAUGUUAUUGGGAACUGGUUUUGGGAUGGAGAUGAAACUAGUUUUGACCCUAAUCCUAGACCUGUGAGCAGGAUAGUUAGGCCUCAGCCUGUGGAUGAAAUUAAUGAAAAAAGUAGGCCCAAGGACUGGUCUGAGGUAACUAUCUGGCCCAAAGCCCCUGCUGUAACUCCAGCAGUGUUAGGAUUUAGAUCCCAAGCCCCAUUUGAGACAAAGCCUCCUUCAUAUAUUGUCCUGGCCUCAGCUGAGGAAAAUGCCCAUUCUUUGCCUGUGGCAACAGCAAGCCCUUCUAGGAGCACUCCCUCAUGCUCACAGCCUAUCCCUGAGUAUCCAUUUGGUUCUGACCCUUGCAUCCAGACCAUAGAGGAGAUUAGACGUCAAAUCAGGAUCAGGGAGGUGAAUGGGAUUAAGCCAUUUGCUUGCCCUUGCAAAAUGGAAUGCUACAUGGAUUCUGAGGAAUUUGAAAAACUCGUUAACUUACUGAAGUCAACUACUGAUCCUCUCAUUCAUAAAAUAGCUCAAAUUGCAAUGGGGAUCAUUAAUGUUCAUCCAUUUGCCCAGGAGUUCAUUAACGAGGUGGGUGUAGUGACGCUUAUUGAAAGCUUGCUCAGUUUUCCAUCCUCUGAAAUAAGAAAAAAGGCUGUAAUUACUCUGAAUCCCCAUUCUGGGGAUGAAAGACAACGCAAGAUUGAAUUACAUGUUAAGCAUAUGUGUAAGGAAACCAUAUCUUUUCCUUUGAAUUCACCUGGACAACAGUCUGGAUUAAAGAUACUAGGGGAACUGACUACUGAUUCUGACCAUCACUACAUUGUUGCCAAUUACUUUUCAGAGCUUUUCCAUUUGCUAUCCCUGGGAAAUCGUAAAACCAGAAAUCUGGUUUUGAAAGUGCUUUUGAACAUGUCUGAAAAUCCAACUGCAGCCAGAGACAUGAUCAAUUCAAAGGCGUUAGCAGCAUUAAAGCUCAUCUUUAACCAGAAAGAGGCAAAAGCCAAUCUUGUUAGUGCCGUGGCCAUAUUUAUUAACAUAAAGGAGCAUAUCAGAAAGGGCUCAAUUGUAGUUGUCGAUCACUUGAGUUAUAAUACACUCAUGGCCAUUUUCUGUGAAGUUAAAGUGAUUAUUGAAACAAUGUAAAAUGAACCAGAAAUAAAAGAGAAUACUUUUAAUAAUCUCCAAACUCUAAUAGGCUAGUUCUUCCCAGAGCUGUGCAUAACAUUUUGGUUAUCACAGUGUGCAUGUUACAAAUUACAUCUUUAAGAUGAUAUUACCUGUGACUAUCUCUAGGUUUGAGCUUAGCCAUUUUUGGAGUAUCAAAUGAAUAUUACACCAUGAGCUGAAAACAGCUAUUGAUUUUUAUGUUGUGUAGAUGGGGAGCUUUUUAACAUUUUACUUAAGGUAGUGAACCAGUUCAUUGUCAGUACGCUAACUUGUUCAUUAGUAUCUGUUUAGAUCCAUGUGUAGCUUCAAGAGGCAAAAAAGAAAAUAUCUUGAAUUUAGAAUCUAAUUGCAGAAAUAAGGCAUAUACACACAAAAAGAGAAUUAAUAAUACAUACAUUCAUACACAGACACGCACACUCACACUCAUUGCCAAAUAUGCACUCAAUACGUAAAGAAGGCAGGGCUUGCUAUAGAUUGUUUAAUGUAAGAGGAAUUACUGUUUUUCCUGGAUUCUGCCUGUAUCAGAUAACUCAUUUUACAACACAGAAAUGGCCCUGAAUCUGAGAUAAAAUGUAAUAUUCAUUUUUUAAAUUUUAUGGCUACGUUUAUAACACUCAUGUUGUUAGGCUAUUUCAUUUAUGUCAGUCAUCUCACAGAAGAGAAAGGAGGUAGGUAUAGAGAGGAAACAUUUCCCGAGUACCUACUCCUGUGUCACAUACUGUGUUGGCACUAUGUUUUACAGGAUCUUUUCCUCUUCUCAUGAUGGUACUGUGAGCUAGGUACUGGUAUUUUUUUAUUAUUAUAACUCAUUAUUUUCAGUCAACUCCAAUGAGAAUUAGGGAGGUUAAAUACUUUUCCUAGAUUCCCACAGCAGGCAAAUGGCAUAGCUGUUUUGUCUGAUACCAUGUUUUUCUGAUAACCACAACUCCUUAUCACCACACUACCUUACAGUCCUCUUUCACUUCUUUAGGUAGUGGCCCUCAAGGCUUGGAGACUGGUUUUAAUGAUUCAGUUUUGCUGUAGAUAAUGUCUGCCAGUCUUGCAAUUCUUAACUUCCUCCAAAUGCACAUAUCCAUUAGGCAUUUGGCUAUACUGGCUGGGUGUCAAGAGAAAAGUCAGAUGGGUGUGUGGAUUUCAACUGGCAGUGUCUGGGAAACAGCAGGUGACCAAAACUGUUGAAUGAGUAAGAUGUAGAUUUGGAGUCAUCAGUAAAUAAAAUUUGCUAUAUAUCCUAUCUUUUUCAAUCCGUAUGUACUUUUUCCUCCAAAGAACCGGAAUCAAUUCUGUGCACUGUUUCAUACAUUACAUUUAAAAAGAUAAUUGCUUUCUUCCUCCUUGCAAAAUCAUACCUUAAUUUUUUUUUUUUUUUUUUUUUUUUUUACC